AUGCCUCCCAACGAGUACAAGAAGAAGGAUGCCAGAAAGUCACAUCCCCCUCCUCCCAAAAAAAAAGACAAAGACAAGGACAAAGUAAAUAAGCCUGGUGUCAAGGCCAAAAAGAAGAAGUGGUCUAAAGGUAAAGUUCAGGACAAGCUCAACCACAUAGUCCUGUUUGACAAAAACACAUACAACAAGUUAUGUAAGGAAGUUUCCAACUAUAAGCUUAGUACUCCAGGUGUGGUCUCUGAGAGACUGGAGAUUCACAGUUCCUUGGCCAGGGCAGCCUUUCAGGAGCUACUUAGUAAAGGACUUAUCAAGCUGAUUCCAAAGCACAGAACCCAAGUGAUUUACACCAGAAACACAGGGUGGAGAUGCCCCAGCUGCUGGUGA